UUAUACUGUUUACUUUUUUUACAGACAAGAAAAGAGUUGUUUUUAUUUUCAUUUUAAAUUAGACUUACUGUGAAUCAAGAAACCAUGUGUGGUAUAUUUGCAUACAUCAAUUACUGCACACCUCGUGAUAGAAGGUAUAUCUUAGAGAUUCUUGUUAACGGACUUAAACGACUGGAAUACAGAGGUUAUGACUCUGCUGGUAUCGCAGUAGAUGGGGGUAACACAAUUGAAAAGAAUGGAAACUUACAACCAACUGUUCUUAUUAAGCAAAGGGGAAAAGUUGGGGCACUUGAAGAUAAAAUUCUGAAAAGUGAGGAACUUGACUUCGAGUUGAAGUUUUCAAGUCAUGCUGGGAUCGCACACACACGAUGGGCAACACAUGGUGUUCCGAACUCCGUCAACAGCCAUCCACAUCGGUCAGAUGAUGGAAACGAGUUUGUUGUUGUACAUAAUGGGAUCUUAACCAACUACAAAAGCAUCAAAACUUUCCUGCAAAGUCAUAACUACGAGUUUGAAUCUGAAACCGACACUGAAGUUAUCGCGAAGUUGAUCAAGUACUUGUGGGAUAACAGGGAAGUUGAGGACAUUCAGUUCAACACAUUGGUGGAAAGGGUGAUCCAACAGCUGGAAGGUGCGUUUGCUCUCGUGUUUAAAAGUCGUCAUUUUCCAGGCCAAUGUAUCGCCACAAGGCGAGGCAGUCCAUUGUUAAUUGGUGUUCGAAGUAAAUCUAAAUUAUCCACCGACAACAUUCCUAUUCUGUACAGCUCAUAUCCAAAACGGUCGAGUGUUUCAGGUGGCGUGAAGUCACUUAACGAGUUUUUAAAAUCGACUCGGCCAAGUGUAAGCGAGUUACAUAUUCAAACACCUCCUUCACCCAACGAUACUAACAACUUUGACACUGGCACCAAGAAAGCUACUGUAGAAAUGAACCGACUUAACAGCACAACAGAACUUGUAACACAAGGAGAAACCGAAGGAAUUGAAUUUUAUUUUGCUUCUGAUGCAAGUGCAAUCAUAGAACAUACAAACCAAGUUAUUUUCCUCGAGGAUGAUGAUGUAGCUGCUGUUGUUAACGGAGCAUUAUCGAUACACCGAAUCAAACGAGGUAAAAGUAACGAAUCGACAACGAGGACUGUGAUGUCACUACAACUGGAGCUACAACAAAUUAUGAAGGGAAAUUAUAAAUCUUUCAUGCAGAAGGAGAUCUUUGAGCAACCGGAGUCGGUUGUUAACACGAUGAGAGGGAGGAUGCUGUGGGAUGAGGAGAGAGUCGUAUUGGGAGGUCUCAUGGAUCAUAUAGAUGAGAUAAGAAGAUGCAGGAGGAUUAUUAUCAUUGCUUGUGGGACAAGUUAUCAUUCAGCCAUUGCAACUCGUCAGUUGAUCGAGGAGAUGACGGAACUCCCAGUGAUGGUUGAACUCGCCUCCGACUUCCUGGAUCGCGAGACUCCCAUCUUCCGGGAUGAUGUUUGCUUCUUCAUCAGUCAAUCUGGUGAGACAGCGGACACAUUAAUGGCUUUGCAUUAUUGUAAGAAGCGUGGAUCGCUUACUGUUGGGAUCACCAACACUGUGGGAAGCUCUAUAUCAAGGUUAACAGAUUGUGGAGUUCAUAUUAAUGCUGGACCUGAGAUAGGAGUGGCAAGCACUAAGGCGUACACAAGUCAGUUCGUGGCACUUGUCAUGUUUGCACUUAUGAUGUCAGAAGACAGAUUCUCAAAAAGGAAGCGAUAUUUGGAAAUCGUUAACGGACUUAAGGAAUUGCCAGAAAAAAUCAAAGAAGUUUUGUCUUUGGAUUCUGAGAUCCAGAAAUUGUCGGAAUCUCUUUAUAAGAAAAAGUCAUUGUUGGUCAUGGGGAGAGGAUUCAAUUUUGCUACUUGCUUAGAGGGGGCUUUGAAAAUCAAGGAAAUAACGUACAUGCACAGUGAAGGGAUAUUGGCUGGGGAACUUAAACAUGGGCCUUUAGCUUUGGUUGACGUGGAUAUGCCGAUACUGAUGAUAGUAUCCAAGGAUCACGUUUAUUCCAAAGUUCAAAAUGCAUUGCAACAAGUAGUAGCAAGACAUGGCCGGCCAAUAAUAAUAUGCGAGAGCGAUGAUCAGGACAGCGUUAAAUACGCAUCCCAUAUACUUAAAGUUCCGCACACUGUUGAUUGUUUACAAGGAAUCCUAACAGUGAUCCCACUACAGUUGCUAUCUUUCCAUAUUGCCCAGCUAAAGGAACUUGAUGUUGACUUUCCACGCAACCUUGCCAAGUCCGUCACGGUUGAGUAAUCUUGCCUCUCCUCAGCUCAUACUUGAUGGAAACUCAAAAGUUUAAAAACUUUCUUGGGAAAAUUUUAUUUUUUUAAUAGAAAAACCCAAAAGAACUAAAUAUUUAAACAUUAAAAUAACACUAUAUAUAAUUGGAUCUUUCCUAUUCCUUUCUUGCACUGAACACCAAACUGUGCAUAAGUUUUAUUCUUUUUUUAUCAAAUAAUUGUUUAUUUAGUAUAUGGAUAUUUUAAUUAGUAAUUUGGCUACAACAGGCCUAUUCUGCACUCUGCACUUAAUGUUAAAAUAUAAUAGUUUAGUUUUGGUUUUUAAACAACGACGUUUGUAAUAAGGUUAGUGUUUAAUUAAAGCCAACAAUUUAAACUGACAAAUACUAACUUAAACAUAAAGGUAAUAGCCAACUCUGGUCUCCUAGCAUACGCUGUAGGACCUCACCCAUAUAAAAUAGAACACGCUAUGGUUUGGGGUAAGGGGUCAACUCUGGCCUAAACCCCCCAUGUUCCCUGGUAUUUCUCGCAGUAUGACCUCACCCAUAUACACCCCAAAUACAUUAUGUUGUUUAGUUUGAAUUGUUGACAUUAUAUUAUCUAGGCACCAAAAAGAUAAAUUCCAAAGAAACGCAAAUUAUAUUUCCAAAAUUUUGAUGUUGCUUAUUUUGUAGAAUAGAACUAUGGGGUAAGAUGGGAUACCGUUAGCUCCUAAGUCCCAUAUUUCCUGAUCGUGUUUUAAACAAUUAACAAUUUUUUUUAGAGGCGCUGGGCUAGGGUUAUAUAAUUCUGUAAAUAUUUUUGGUUUACUACUAGAAGGGGAAAACACAUUCCAUCUUACCCCACCCUACUAUACCUAUAUUUUGUAUUCUACUCAUGCAGUUACUGACUACAAGCAGAAAAUUAUUUGCUUUAGUAAUUGUAAAUGCAGUAAAAUAUAUAUUUCUAUUUCGCGGUGUUUUAAAAAAGCGGUACAAUUGCAAUUUCCAUUCUGUAUUUCAGUUACAGAAUGCCUUCACAUAAACUGCUAUUUAAUCAGUCUUAACCUAACUAACCAGUUACCUAAUUAACAUAGCUCUCAUAAUAUAUAUUAUACCCACCAAAAAUCAACAAUUUUUAAGUUCAAAACUUGUCUAACAGUGUACAGAUCUUUAGCAUAUUUUUCUCUAUAUCGUAUUAAACUGUAUUAUACCAGCUUCAAUAGACAAUGUUACCCUGUAUUGGUUUGCUUACGAAUAUAUGUUUCAAGUACGCUUUGUAUUUUAAAACACUGGUUUUUCAUGCACUUGUAUAUAUUAAAAUAUAGACUUUUUUUAAAUAUACUCGUAUAGGUGAAGCUGUUCGUAUAUUAAAUAUAUUGCCGUUCAA